AUGGAUCGAUUAUUGAUAACGCUCAUUUUAAUCCAAAAAUACUUGAUGAAAGCUGAUGAUUCUGAAGAAGAGGUAGAUGAUGAUAAUAUUAGUGAAGAAGUGCUUAUUUCUUCUCCUCCUAAUACAACGGCUCAUCUUCAGCAUAUGGAUGCAGGGAUUAUUCAUAGCUUUAAGUCCAAUGAGGAUGUGAAUAAUAUAAAUGAUAUGGAUUCUACAGAAGAUAUAGAAAAAUCUAAUUUUGAAGGAUUGAAAUAUAUUAUUAACAAUUUACCAGAAGCAAAUAAGGUACAAGAAUAUUUACAACAACUUGAUUUUUCAAUCGGAUAA